AGGUACCUGACCGAAAAAGUUGGGUUUUCCUUCCUGAUGACCUGCCGCCUUAGCCAGGACUGCCUGGAGAGGUGCUUUGGCAUCGUGAGGCAGUCGUGUGGAGCAAAUGAUCACCCGACGCCAGCCCAGUUUAUUGUGAUUAUGAGGUGUCUGGCGUUCUAUGGCUUGGCCAGGAGUCCUGUGGGAGGGAAUGUUGCACCUGACAUGCUCGAGUCCUUGCUUUCCAUGGAGGAGGCUCUACAGGAUGACGACGAAGAAGCUUGCCACUUGGAGGAGCCAUCAGCCUCGGCCGAAGUCGUCGUUGACCAUUUAGCAUACGUCACACAACACAGCGAUGCUCGCCUUGUGUACUAUGUCGCAGGAUAUGUAGCAAGGAAACGAAUUCUGCCAAGCUCUUGCGAGCUAUGCAAGUCGCUAUGUCUCGCGAGUAAGGAGGACGUGCCCUCCAACCUGCCAGCAGAAACCUGCAUAGAGUGGGAUCUUGGGGGGCUCCUGUACCCGUCCGAACCCCUGUACAGACUCAUUCAGACACUGGAAGACAGGCUGACAAGUGCAUUCAGCAAAGUGAAGCUCCAUGCAAAAGUGGUUAAAGAGAUUGUACAUGGCAUCGGGCGGGUUCCGAGCAUAGGCUGCAGCGAGCAUUCGCUCGACUUGACACAGACAGUUGUCAAGUUUUAUGCAAUGACGAGAGUGCAUUUUUUCCUGAAAGGAAAGAACCAAACUGAGAAUGAAAAGAAAUGCAAGAGGAAAAAACCAUGUGUCCUCUAAGUGCUUGCACUGUAGCUCUGUGAAAGAGCACACCUUGGGCGUGUUUUGUGAAU